GAGAGGAGACAAGAGAGGAGAGAGACACUGAGCAGAUCUCUGCCGAGGAUGAGACAGCGAGCACCGGUUCUUCCACGUUAUCUUGAUAGUAUAUUAUAAAAAAGCAGAUUCUCACCUGGACACCUUUCAACCAUCGCUCCUUUAUUUUACGCACUGUUAUUUUUUGGAGAGACGCUCCGAGGCUGUGCAGAGAAUCAGACUUUCUCUGGUUGGACUCACAAAGCGCAGCCACUCUGCUCACACUGCAGCUGGUAUAGAACCGAGGAGAGAGGAGAUAUCCAAGGAUUCUAGAAGAGAAUCAAAGAGAUUCUAGAAGAGAACCCAAGGAUUCUAGAAGAGAAAUAAACACAAAGCGCUCAGGAACUAUAUAUUGUGAGGAGGAUUUAACUUCCACUUGGAGGUAAAAACAUAAUAUAGCCUUAAAAAAGUAGCCUCAACACACACAAGAGAGCCGCCUGCAGAGGAGAGCAGCUGCAGCCAUGGAGGUCGCAGCGGCGGAUCAGUCUCGGUGGAUGGCGCACCAUCACGCGGUGCUGAACGGCCAGCACCCGGACUCUCACUCUCACCACCACAGUCACAGUCUGAGCCACAACUACAUGGAGCCGAUGGCGCCUUUACUGCCGCAGGACGAGGUGGACAUGUUUCUGAACCACUUGGACUCUCAAGGGAACCCCUACUACACCAACUCCAGGGCGAGGGUCACAUACAGCCAAGCACACGCUCGCCUCACUGGGAACCAGGUUUGCCGACCACACCUCAUCCACAGCCCCGGUAUCCCCUGGCUGGACCCGGGUAAAGCAGCCCUCUCUGCCGCAGCCCACCACCACAACGCAUGGGCGGUCAGCCACUUCAGCAAGCCCGGCCUGCACCCCUCCAGCUCCGGAUACCCCUGCAGCAGCAGCACCACUGGCACAGCUCCGGUCUCGUCUCUCAGCAACGUCGUGUCUCACUCCAGCUCGCACCUCUACAGCUUCCCACCGACUCCUCCUAAAGACGUGUCUCCAGACCCAGGCCCAACAUCUCCAGCCUCCAGCUCCGCCAGGAUGGACGAGAAGGAGUCCAUCAAGUACCAGAUGCAGCUGGCGGAUGGUAUGAAGAUGGAGAGCUGCAGUCCUCUCCGCAGUGGCCUGAUGAACAACCAGGGUCCGGCCACCCAUCACCCGAUCCCGACCUACCCGGCCUAUCCUCUGCAUGCACCACACGAGUACAGCGGCAGUCUCUUCCAUCCAGGCAUGCUCGGAGGGUCUUCAUCCAGCUUUACGCCCAAAUGCAAGAGCAAGGCCAGGUCGAGCUCAGAAUUCUAUUCAGAGGGCCGUGAAUGUGUAAACUGUGGUGCCACCUCAACCCCUCUGUGGCGAAGGGAUGGUACCGGCCACUACCUGUGCAACGCCUGCGGACUGUACCACAAGAUGAACGGCCAGAACCGACCACUCAUCAAGCCCAAACGUAGACUGUCCGCUGCUCGACGUGCAGGAACCUGCUGCGCAAACUGCCAGACCACCAUCACCACCCUGUGGAGGCGCAACGGGAACGGAGACCCGGUGUGUAACGCCUGCGGCCUUUACUAUAAACUGCACAAUGUCAACAGACCCCUGACCAUGAAGAAAGAAGGCAUCCAGACACGCAACCGCAAGAUGUCCAGCAAGUCCAAGAGGUGCAAGCGGGCGGGGGACGGCUUCGACGAGCUGUCCAAGUGCAUGCAGGACAAGUCGUCUCCGUUCGGCCCCGGGCCCGGCCUCGCCAGCCACAUGACCCACAUGGGUCACCUGCCGCCUUUCAGCCACUCGGGACACAUGCUGCCCACUCCCACGCCCAUUCAUCCUUCAUUCGGUCACCCGCACCACUCCAAUCGCUCGCCGGUCUGGGCUGAGCCUCUGAGUCACUGAGGCCGCCCUCCCUCCCCCCCAUCCGGACCCAGAACUCCUCCGCCUGUAGGAGCCACCACAUCGCCAUUAACACUAAAAUGGCCUCCACAUCACGACUUGUUGUGUCAUGUACAGUGGUUGGAGGGGAGAGACCUUCAGUUCAGGACUUAAUGACUGAAGGUCGCGUCAUGCCUGAGCUCACUGGUGGGACUCUUAGCGGACUCUGUGAAGCGCUAAUAUGAUGAGGGGUUUCUGAGUCCCUUGGUGACUGAGGCUCGCAGGAAUGGAGUGAAUGGAGACGCUUGUCAUUCUUUUUUGCUUAUUUUUACUGAGUCACUUUGGUACCCACCUCUCCGUGACCCUGUAACAGGAGACUCUCGAGAGGUCUUAAAAAGAACCGCUGUUUUUUCACCUCACGACCAUCUCAUUAUAUACUGAGAUACGUGCACCCCGUCCAUCCCCACGCCGUCGUCCAUAACCGCUGUGGACAGACGGACUCUUCGGCGCUGGAGGUCUUAAAGACUGUUCACCUCUGUUACCAACCAGACUACAGUACCCACAAACCAGUGCUCUCCUCACAUGCUGGAUUGUACACCACCACCACCACCACCACAAUGCUCACCACCUGUUUUUAAUAAUGGACUUUUAUGGAAAAAAAAAUACACAGUAAAUAGAGUGUUUAUAAAUGCUUAAUUGCUAUUAUUGUUGUUAUAUUUGAUGUUAUAAUUAUUGCUACGAUAAUUUAUUUUCCCUCUUUAAGCUUUCGUCAAAGACACAUGGAAACUUAUGAUUUGAAUUUCAUGGUUAUUACGUAAAAGAAAAACACUGACCUAUCUUAGAUGAAAAGUCCCUGAGCUGUACGUUUUUAUAAUUUUUUUUCCCAUCUCACAAAAGUAAAGGAAAUAAAGGAAAAUAAAGUUUAAUACUAAAGUGA